ACUGUAAACUGAUGCCAGAUCUGCCUGACUGAUAAACACUGUAUCACGAGACUUCAGUCAGUCAGUCAGUCAGUCAGUCAGUCAGUCAUCUGAACUGCUUUCAGAUCAGAGCCGAGGGAAUUAAAUCCACCAUUUUACAGUGAAGUGGAUUCCAGCUGAGCUCUCUCCAGCUUUGGCUUGUGCAUGGACAGGCAGGUGGUGGAGAGGGCCAAGGAGGCCUUCCUGGGCGGCAGGACGCGGCCCCUGGAGUUCAGGCUGCAGCAGCUCAAAGCCCUGCAGAGGAUGAUCACCGACAGACAGACUGAAAUCUCCACGGCGCUCAAACAGGACCUCAACAGGAGCCAGUACGACACACCGCUCUUGGAGCUGAUCAGCCUGGAGAACGAGAUCGCCCUGGCUAUAGAGAAGCUGGCAGAGUGGGCGGCACCACGGCCUGUGGAGAAGAACCUCCUCACCUUAACAGAUGAAGUUUACAUCCAACCAGAGCCGCUGGGGGUGGUGCUCAUCAUAGGGGCCUGGAACUACCCCUGGGCCCUGACCCUGUCCCCCUUGGUUGGGGCUAUCGCCGCUGGCAACGCAGCUGUGGUGAAGCCGUCCGAGCUCAGCGAGUACUCGGCCCUCCUCCUCCGAGCUCUGCUGCCUCGCUAUCUGGACAAGGAUCUGUACCCGGUGAUAACAGGUGGCGUGUCAGAGACACAGGAGCUGCUGAAGCAAAGGUUCGACCACGUCUUCUACACCGGAAGCAGCGCGGUGGGCAAACUGGUGAUGCAGGCUGCAGCCCAACACCUCACCCCAGUCACUCUGGAGCUCGGAGGGAAGAGCCCCUGCUACAUCGACAAGAACUGUGACCUGAGAGUCGCCUGUCGUCGUGUCACAUGGGGAAAAUUUGUCAACUGCGGUCAGACAUGCAUCGCUCCGGACUACAUCCUGUGUGAACCCUGCAUUCAGGGCCGAGUGGUGGAGGGCAUCCGACAGACCCUGCUGGAAUUCUAUGGUGCCGACCCCAAAUGCUCCCCAGACUACGGCCGAAUCAUCAACCAGCGUCACUUCAGCAGGAUAAUGGGUCUGAUGGAGGGUUACACUGCAGUGCUGGGAGGGCAGAGUGACGCAUCACAGCGCUACAUCGCCCCGACGGUGCUGAAGGACGUGCCUCCGCAGUCCAGGCUGAUGCAGGAGGAGAUCUUCGGGCCUCUGCUGCCCAUCGUGACCGUCAGCGACAUGGACGACGCCAUCCGCUUCAUCAACGAGAGAGAGAAACCCCUGGCCCUCUACAUCUUCUGCUCUGACAAGAAGGCGGUAAAAAGAAUGAUAGAUGAGACCACAAGCGGAGGAGUGACGGUCAACGACGUCAUGAUGCAUUGCGCGCUCAGCUCUCUUCCAUUUGGUGGUGUUGGUCAGAGCGGUAUGGGCCGCUACCACGGCAGACACACCUUUGACCAGCUCAGCCACCAGAGGGCAUGCCUGCUCAGGUCGCUGGGCAUGGAGAGCGUCAACUUGGCCCGGUACCCGCCUCAGGACCGCCAUCGGGCGCGCAGGGCCAGGCUCGCCCUCCGCUCGCCCAUGAUCGACUUCUCCAAGAGGACCUUCGUGUGGGCCGUCACGGCGACCGUCAUCGCCUUUGGCCUCGCCAUCGCCCUGCUGGUCAUUCUGCUCAUCGCUUCAGGCCUCAACUGUACCUGCUUUUACUGGCGAGGCUUUUACUACUAGAAACUGAAUUGGGUAGACUGGGCACUGUGUGGGGAGUUCUAGCGUUGCCAGUGAGCCUACUGGCAGCCACAUUUGAGGAACCAAUCAAACUUUAUUGACACUUCCAUGGUGGCAAAACAGCAGCUGGCAGUCCGGUGGAUCUCUGUCACAGUGUGCGCUAGGGCUGUGCUAAAAAAUCAACACAAUGAACUUCAUGCUGACUCACGUGUCAAUACAGAUGGUCUAGUAUCGAUACAGCAGCAAGUGCCUUGGCAUCAGUCUUGAAAAAUAAAGGCACACAUUGCACAAUGCACAAAAGGCCAAUAGGUGGCAGCAUAGGCCAAAUGCAUGUUACUUUAAUGCCAGACAGUCAGGAUUUGGACAUGAGUCAUGCAGUGUGCAGGAUCUGCACUCAAAGACAAGUGAAUAGGCAUUAUUGUUGCAUCAAGGAAUAAGAUAAAAAAGCUAUCUUUCAAAACUUAAAAUGACAUUUUAAGUUUUGAAAGAUAAUGAUUUGCUUUCAAAAUCUCUGGGUUAAAAAACAGAACAUACGUAUCGUAGUGUGACCCCAGCCCCAGUGUGUGCAGCUUCACAGCAACACUGACGGGCUAAAGAAUUACAUAAAAUCACCUGUAUGCUUGGAAACCAGCUUCCAGUCUCAGGCUAACAUUAUAUUAGCUCAUUAGUCAGCUUGGUUAAUCCUAAUCAGCUGCAUUAUUGUGAAUAAAAUUAAUGAAUAACACAGCAAAGACACCAAAAACUUAGCAGGUUCGGCACAUCUGUUUUGUUUAUGUUUUUUUUUUUUUUUUUUUUUUUUUUGUACACAAGAGCCACAGGGUUAUUUUCACAUCCUUCAAUUUAAUUUUCUUCUAAAACAGAGUAUAUUUCUGUUAGGGGUGUAUCAGGCUUAGUUUAAUCAACACACUCCUCUGAACGCUGCAGCGGUGCAUGACGGUUCUACCCAAUUCAAUGUCUAUGACUGAAACACACCAAUUUCUUCUUUUGUAAGGAAGAAGGUGAGCUUGUACCUGCUUGAAUGAGUUCCACUGUAUGAACACCAGUGAAUCCACUUUGGAAUCUGGGUUGAAUCCUCCAAAUAAUUUACAUCACAGUAUUUACAUCUGUCAUUUUAUUACUGGACCUUCACUCCACUCCUUCAGCUUCUCUAUGCUCACAAAUUUGACCAUGAGCUGAUCUGUGUAAAGCAUUUCUGUUGACAGACAUGUACGUUUCCUCUGCUUUCUCUUUUCAUCAAUAAAGAGAUUUGUCGAUACAUUAACUUCUGCCUUUUU